GAAAUACAUUUUCGGGAAAUGGCCUCUAAAUCUUGGCUGAAUAUUUUAACCUUCCUUUGUGGAUCAGCAGUCGGAUUUGUUUUAUGCUCUCAGCUACUUAGUAUUUUGUUGGAAGAACAGAAGGACAUCCAGCCUAGUAUUCUUCAUAAUGAUCCUCACGCUAGGCAUUCAGAUGACAAUGAACAGAAUCAUCUAGAAGGACAAAUGAACUUUGAUGCAGAUGCCAGCCAACAUAAAGAUGAGAACACUGACAUCGCUGAAAAGCUCUAUCAGAAGGUUAAAAUUCUUUGCUGGGUAAUGACAGGGCCUCAGAAUCUAGAGAAAAAGGCUAAACAUGUCAAAGCUACAUGGGCCCAGCGUUGUAAUAAAGUGUUGUUUAUGAGUUCAGAAGAAAACAAGGACUUCCCUGCUGUGGGAUUAAAAACCAGAGAAGGCAGAGACCAGCUGUACUGGAAAACAAUUAAAGCCUUUCAGUAUGUCCAUGAUCAUUAUUUAGAAGAUGCUGAUUGGUUUAUGAAAGCAGAUGAUGAUACUUACGUUAUACUAGAUAACUUGAGAUGGCUUCUCUCAAAAUACAACCCUGAACAACCCAUUUACUUUGGGAGAAGAUUUAAGCCCUAUGUAAAGCAGGGCUACAUGAGUGGAGGAGCAGGAUAUGUACUGAGUAAAGAAGCUUUGAAGAGAUUUGUUGAGGCAUUUAAAACAGACAAAUGUACGCACAGUUCCUCAAUCGAAGAUUUAGCACUGGGGAGAUGCAUGGAAAUUAUAAAUGUAGAAGCGGGAGAUUCCAGAGAUACCACCGGAAAAGAAACUUUUCAUCCUUUUGUACCAGAGCACCACUUAAUCAAGGGUUAUCUGCCGAGAACCUUUUGGUACUGGAAUUAUAACUAUUAUCCUCCUGUAGAGGGUCCUGGUUGCUGUUCUGAUCUUGCAGUUUCUUUUCACUAUGUUGAUCCUACAACUAUGUAUGAGUUAGAAUACCUCGUUUAUCAUCUUCGUCCGUAUGGUUAUUUAUACAGAUAUCAACCUGCCUUACCUGAGAAGAUACUAAAGGAAGUAAGUCAGAUAUACAGAAAUGAAGAUACAAAAGUAAAUCAGGAGCCCUUGAAAGAAAAACAUAAAUGAACGGAGGUAAAAUGCCUAGUGUUGCACUGAAGAAGAACUUCUCCAUUUCUGAUAGAGAACACUGGAACCCCAGUGAGGAAUUCUUUCCAAGUGAACGUUCCAUGUUAGAAACCUUUCGUAUGAACGACUGUAAACUGAAGCUUUAAGUGCGCUGUGAAGUCUGUUAAAAUGUGUUUUGAUACAGUAAUAUAUAUAUGUAUAAGAAAAACUUGUGUUUUUAAAAUGGUGGCCAGGCAGAGGGACUAGAAAAGAGAUAUCGUUGCCUAUUCCUGACCAUAUGUAUUACUCUCACUGGGAAAUUAAAAGUUAAAUUUGCUAAAACUACACUGCACCAUGUUAGUAACUCACACACAAUGCUAAACAGAUCUGCCUUAAAGAAAAUUUAGAAGGAAAUAUUGUUGCUCAGUGUUGUCUGUAGACUCAGAACAUGAGUUUAUAUUUGCAGUCUGAUAUAAAUGAACCAACCACCCCCUGACACACCCACAGACAGUUUUUGUCUAAUGAAAAUUUGCUGUGACUAUUUAUAAUUGGUAGUAUUGCUUCCAGAAGAAGGUAGAAUAAGAAUGGCACUUGUCCUUAAGUGCAUUAA